AUGGCCUACAAUCUUCAAUCCCUCAUCACAAUCUUACAACAAAUCUUGAAUCCUGAACAAACACGUUGGAUUGUUGAUCACAACAAACCACAACUCCAAUCCCUCCUCACAAAAUCUGUUUCUCUGAAGCAGAUUCUUGAAAACUCUCCACUCCCCAAAGCAGAAACUAGUUUGGAGAGUGAAAUCCGUGAUGCAGCACACGAAGCAGAAGAUAUGAUAGAAUCUCACAUGGUCGAUCAAAUGCUUUCGAGGCCAGGAGAUGUGAGCUUAGCUUUCCUCACACCAGAUCUACAGCAAGUGAUGCAAAAACUUGAUUCCGUAAUGGAACAAGUGGUAGCAUCGCAGGAACUCGUCUCCGGAGUUGAACAAGUGCUGCAGCUCCUGCCUGACGACACUUCAUCGAGCAAGAGCAUUGUGGUGGGAAUUGAUGAAGAUUUGAUGCUGCUGAAGGAUCGGCUGACUGGAACGCAAAGCAAGCUGGAGAUCGUGCCCAUUGUUGGAAUGGGUGGCAUCGGUAAAACCACUCUAGCUCGACAACUUUAUCAAGAUCCACUCAUUGUUGAGCACUUUAGCUCUCUUGCUUGGGUCACAAUCUCACAAGAUUACGAUAUGCGAGCAAUUCUAUUAGGCCUUCUUCGUUGCAUAAUUGGAAAAGAAGUUGAUCAACAUAUUGAAAACAAAAAUAGUGCAUUGAAAGAUAUUUUGUAUCAGAGCUUGUUUGGUAGAAAAUACUUUAUUGUAUUAGAUGAUAUAUGGAGCAACAUAUUCUGGGAUGAGAUAAGGAGGUACUUCCCAGACAACAAUAAUGGGAGCCGAAUUGUGAUAACCACUAGGGAAUCUGUUGUGGCGAAACACGCAAGCUCACAGAGUAAACAACACGAGAUGCAAUUGCUAAAUGAGCCAGAAAGUUGGAAUCUACUUCGUCAAGAGGUGUUUGAAGAAGAGGAGGAUUGCCCUGCUGCAUUGGAAAGGUUUGGAAGGAACAUUGCAACCAAUUGUGGAGGGCUUCCUCUUGCCAUCCAUGUUGUUGGAGGGCUCUUGUCCAAGGCGAACAGGACAGAAGCUUUCUGGGAGAACGUUGCGAAUGAUGUGAGUGCUGCAGUAGCUCAAUCCGGCGAGCAGUUCUCUAAUAUACUGUCGUUGAGUUAUAACCACUUGCCGAGUCACUUGAGGCCAUGUUUUCUCUAUAUGGGAGCUUUUCCAGAAGAUUAUGAGAUUAAGCCCUCGAGACUUAUAAGGCUGUGGGUAGCUGAGGGAUUUCUGAGAGCAAAGGGAGAUAAAAGCUUGGAAGAGGAGGCUGAAGAUUGUUUGAAUGCUCUUGUUGCCAGAAAUCUUGUUUCUGUUAGAGCAGUCAAGUCUAGUGGGAGGCCUAAAAGAUACGGCAUUCAUGAUCUGAUGAGGGAUUUAUGCUUGAAGAAAGCAGAAGACGAGAGAUUUAUCCAUGUUAAGAACAGGCAAGUUGGAAAGGUACUCAUUAAAGAUUCAGUGUUCAGCCUACGCCGUGUGAGUGUGCAUCCGUCUUAUCGCAUCAGAGAUGUGUAUGCUUCGACAGAGUUGAUGUCGUUUGCUCGUUCUUUUCUUUGCACCGGUCUUGCAUCACGUGAGGUUCUAUCUUCUGUGUUUUUUGGCCUAAGAUUGCUGAGGGUGUUGGACAUACUCGAGAUCAAGUUCCCACAGCUUCCAACAGAAAUACUGCACAUUUCAAACUUACACUACUUAGCAUUCUCCACAGAUUCCGAAAAACUGCCUUCUUAUAUCUCAAGAUUAUGGAAUCUGCAAACCUUGGUGAUUUGUUCAACUUCGGGUUACAUUACUCUGCCAGAUGAGAUAUGGCAGAUGACAGAGUUAAGACAUGUGGAGGUUGGUCGUGCAUAUUUCUUAGGUAGUGAUUGGAGAGGCUUCAUUCUAGAAAAGCUACAAAGCGUCUCUACUAUUAACAGUCUAAGCGUCAGUUUCCUUGGCAUAAUCCCCAACAUAAAAUACUUGGGAAUUGGUAGUAUGCAUGAAUGUGACCUUUCCCAUCUGCACAAACUCGAAACAUUGAAAAUGUCCGGCUAUUCCAUCUAUGGAAAGUUAACUCCCGUUUCCCCAUCGGAAUUCAGAUUACCUCCUUCCAUCAGAAACUUGUCUCUUUCAAAUUGUGAAAUAGUUGUCGAAUUCAUGGAAUACCUUUAUGAGGAGUUACCAAAUCUUGAAGUUCUUAAACUUCGAGAUUGCGAGUUCAAAGGUGUGUGGGAUGCAGAGCAGCAAGAGUUCAGCAAGCUGCAGUUCUUGCUACUUGAAGAUGUGCAGCUGGUGCAAUGGCAAGCUGAUGAGAGCAGCUUCCCAAGACUCCGUCACCUUGUUAUCCGGCGCUGCUCUGCUCUAGAGGAGAUCCCCUCAGGUAUUGGAGACAUUCCGACACUCCAAACAAUCGAGUUGGAUGAAUGCAGCCCUUCCGUUGUGGCUUCAGCUAAACAGAUCAUCGAGGAGCAACGUGAGAAUGGUAACAAUGACAUUCAACUUCGUAUGUGA